GGAAUUCUGUCGACGUACGUAGUUUUAGAAGGGCCGGAAGAAUGUCAGAAUUUGGCAGAUGCAAGACAGGAUGCAAAAACUAAUCUGUUAUGUGAAAGAGAACUUUUUACAUGCCCGUUAACACUAUUUUUAAGUGGUGCUACUUUUCAGACAGCAUGCACUCGUCCAUAAAAGGGGGAGUGGAACUUUCUAAGUUUACAGUUCUAUCCUCUCUAGCUUAAAUAAAAACUGUGGCCACCGCAAGAACCCUAAUCACGUAACGGUCGUAUUCCUGCUCUUCAACUUCCUUAUGUAAGGAAAAAUGGGGGAAACGAAACUAACGAAACUAACUGUUGAUACAAUUAUGAAAAUACGCCGAAUCAGGAGACCGUCCAGUUCUGUUUUUUGUUUUUCGUAAAGACUCAUUUUUCCAUACCCAAAAUGAGUUGUGCGUUGUUAAGUACAUCACGUUCCAUUAGACUACUUACUGAAUGGCUAACGAUGAAUAUGUAAAUUUCAUUUAACGGAAUGAAGAAAUAAAUGCAAAAAAACCGUCACAGCUAUAGAGGCAACUUCCGCAGAGACCAAAUUUUUUUCAGGCUUUUUUUCGCAACUCCAUAAGUUGCGUCCAUAACUUCGAUGUUUGCCUAAGGGUAAUGAAAUGAAAGACAACAGCUAGAAAAAUCGACGUAAACAAAAGAAAAUGAACACAGAUGACUAUUUUACGGCUUUAACCUAAAUCAAGUUUUAAACCCUUAAGAUAAAAGGUGCAAGGUAAAAGCAGUGGCGAUUUCAAGAACAGAGAAAAGAAACCCUGUCCUUAAUUUUCCAAACCUUGCUUGAGAGGACUUAAGUGGGCAAAUGCUGGCGAGUAUUGGUGCAUUUGUAAAGCUAAUAUUUUGACAUGCUCUAAACGUCACGCUGACUGAGAUGCAACCUGCGUAUACCUUAACUGGUCCCUAAGUACUUAGAACACAAAGAAAACACGAAUUUAUCUUAAGCGAUUCAAGAGGCAUCUUGGUACCAAAUCAAAAAUUAAACGCGACUAAAUUGAGAACCAGGCGUACGCAUGAUACUAGAGGUAUUAAAACUGUUAACACAAGAUUAGUUGCUAGACUGAUUUUAUUGUUCCUUUAGAGACCAAAGCCACAGCACGAUAUACCCACUGAUCGAUCGAAAUGGAUUUAGGCAAACUAAUCAUCAAUCAUAUCUCGAAGUAAAUACAUGUACCCGCCACUAGCUGCCGCCAAGCAAGGGAAAAUAUGCAACCAACUUCACCGGCGAAAAAUGUCUGAUUGGUCGAGGUGCGACCACGUGACAUAGAUCUAAGCAAAGCGAUUAUUUCCUCGACAUGAUUCUGAAAAAUUCAUUUCCUGUAGUUUUAAUAAAACUUGAAUUACUGAUAUAAGAUGACUUAUUCAGUGCAUAUUUACCCCGCGGUUUAUUUAAAUAUAUCUACAAAUGCAAACUCAAACCACUUUACUGAAUAGUUACAGAGUUGUCCUUAAUUUCCUCAAUAAAAAUGAGUAAGGGAAAUUAGAAUUGCUUCAAUUACUCCAAAAUGAAAGGCAGGAGAUUAGUGUUUAAUUUCUCAACCGUUUACUUACUUCGGAAUAUCAGAAAGGUUUUAUUUUGUCCAAGGUUAAAAGCUCCAAUAAAAUAGAUUAGCGCGCGUCAUAAUCUGGAGCAACUUUAACUGAACUUCAUUUAGGAUAUCGUUGUUUUGAAGAAACACUUGCGGGGGUUUCAACGAAACACUCUUCUCGGACUUAA